GAGUGACAGAGAAGUCUGUUUUCAGACACUCGGAGGUGGAUGAACUGAACAGGCAUCAUGCUCCGCUUCUACCUCCUGGUUUAUUAUUUGUCUUGCACAACAUGUUCGGAGCUGCUGAAACGCCACACAAGGUCUUGGAUCAUUGACUCCUUCACAAUUGAGGAGGGGCAUACGGGGCCCUUCCCAUAUGUGCUGGGCACGAUAAAUAUCAAUCGGGACUAUCGAAUAUACUUUGAUCUCUAUGGGGAAGGAGUGGAUAAGGAGCCGAAGGGGGUUCUCUCCAUUCAGAAAGAGACUGGCACCGUGUACGUCCACAGGGCUGUGGACUAUGAGGAGAAGACCAAGCUUCAGCUGAAAUUUGAGGCCAGACGACAGGAUUUAUCAAUUGACACUAAAUUAGGAGUUGAGGUUGCCAUACUGGACAUCAAUGACAACCCACCACUAUUUCAGAGGGACCAGUUUGAACUUAGCGUUGAUGAGGAAAAAACGCAAGGCUCCCCUCUCCUGACUGUGGUAGCCUAUGACAGAGACCAGAGAGGGACACCAAACUCCACCUUCCACUAUGAAAUCAAAUCUGUAUCGCCAAACUCUCCAGACACUGAAUUCUUCAUUGAGGAAUCUGGAGCCAUUUCCUUUAAAGGAUGUUUGGACCAUGAGUUGGCUGAAAGGAUCGUGAUACUGGUUGAGGCCAAAGACCACGGUGAAGUAGUCCGCCUGUCCAGUUCAACCACUGUAGUCAUGCACGUCCAGGACAGCAACGACCACAUGCCAACCAUCAGCGGACAAACGGGCACCAGCAAAGUGAAGGAGGAGACGACUGGGUCCUCUCCUCUGCGGCUGCACGUGACAGACGGAGACACCCCGAGCAGCCCGGCGUGGAGAGCCAGAUACACCAUACAUGGUGACGAGGGCGGACACUUCGCGAUUGAAACAGACCCAGACAGCAAUGACGGAAUCCUGACAGUUGUAAAACCUUUAAACUUUGAGAAGGGAGCACAGAGGGAACUGUCCAUCUCUGUGGAAAAUGAGCUGCCAUAUUUCUCCUGCAAAGUGAAGGAGAGGACACCCUCGGGCCUCUGGAUGGUUGACACCAGUAAAGGGGAGGGUCCUGAUGCAGGUCAACCUCACUCUGUAAAAGUCGUCAUCAAUGUAGAAGAUGCCAAUGAGGCCCCGGUGUUCAGUGUGACCUACAAAAUCGCCGCGCUGGAGGAGAACUCACCCUCCGGGACCUGGGUAGAGAAAGUGACCGCUGUUGAUGCCGACUGCAAUCGCACAAGUUCUUUUGUGUACAAGGUAGCGCAUGACCCUGCUGGCUGGGUGAUGGUGGAUCCCCACACAGGCGACAUCACAACAGUCACAUCGACAGACAGAGAAUCUCCUCAUGUCGUUAACGGUGUCUACACUGUCUUGAUACAUGCAGUGGAUGAUGGGGUGCCACCUUUGACAGGAACAGCUACACUGCAAAUCCAUAUGACUGACAAGAACGAUAACGUGCCACAACCAGCGGAGCACAACUUGGAUGUGUGCGUGUCUGACGGCCCUACCACCACCAACAUCACAGCCUUUGACCUGGAUGGAAACCCCUACGGCGGGCCUUUCACAUUUGAAUUGCUGGGGGAUGUCAAAGGAAAAUGGAAACUGAGUCCCUCACAUGGUUACACAGCUGGUCUGGUGAAGGAGCCCAGUGUGUAUGCGGGACCACACACAAUUGAUCUGAAGAUCAGUGACAUGCAGGGAGAGUUUGGCAUUUACAACCUCAGAGUGGCCGUGUGCGACUGCUCCGUGACGGAGAACUGCCGAGCUCGCCGAAACACCACCACAAGGGCGGCCUAUGGUGGAAUAGGCGUAGUGUUUGCCCUGGUGUUUUUACUACUCUUUCUGCUGCUGAUGGCAGUCACCUGCUCCUGCAAAAAAGACUUUGUCGCUUUAGAGACGACGGGACAUUCAUCUGGACAGACCCUCCUCGAGUCGAACACGGAGAACCCCGGCACAGACUGCGAGGUGUUUGACGGUAUUCCAGCUGCGAUCACUGAUGAGAAGUACCAAGAUCCAUCUAAAUGGCAAAGUGAGCACAGUGGGAUACGACGCACGAAUGUUUCAACUAAAGGUAUGAAUCAAUCCCUCGAGGACCGACGCUGGUCAAAAGCAGAUUACAGAAGAGGACAUCAAUCCCACCUACUCACAAACAACUAUAAUCAAACAACCUGGAAUUCUGUUACAGCCAAUGGCCACCACCAAACCCACCAGGACAUGGGCACAAUGAAUUUCCACAAGAGAAGGAACUCAAGCUACACAUUGGAUGAGACUCUCCUCACCCUGAUUCACCGGGGGCUCAGCACUCUGCAGGAGACUGGGGACGACCUGCUGGACUAUCAGCCUCACCUGUACGGAGACGAGGGCGACGCCGACAACCUCUCAGAUCUGGAUAACAUCAGCAUUCCUGGUGAUGAAUCAUAUGAGAAAACAAUUGAAGACUUGGGCCCCAGGUUCACCAAACUGGCUUCCAUUUGCAAACCACCACAGACACAAAACUGAACACACGCAAUUUAGCCAGUGGGGGACAUUUGUUCAGUGAGCAAGGGAAACAAACCAGAUACUUCGUAAACUAUACAGGGUGAGAUUCUUUUUAAGUUUGAGGGUAAAUGGACAUUUGUUCA